AUGAUCACAACAACAAAAAGAGUCAUAAUCAGAUGUAUGCUUACAUCAGUUUUACUUCUGUUAAUAAUAUUACAAAUAAGUAAACCUGUUGAUAAAAAUUAUAUUCCAAAUGAAAUAAAUAACAUAAUAAAAAGAGCUGAUAGACCAAUAUGGGAUCUUGGAAGAACUUCGGCUGUUAUUGGCUUAGCCUUGACUGCUGCUAAUGCUUUAUAUACUGCAUGGAGUCCCGUAUUGUGCAUUGUUCCAACAUCCCCUGCAUGCUGGACAUUGGCUAUCGGACUAAGUGUAUCUGCUGGUGUAUCAACAAUCGGAAUUGCUUAUGCUGCAUACCAAGAUUACUUUAAUGGUGAAUUUAAUAUUAUUGAUAAACUUACGCCAGCUUCGUCAAACAUAUUGAACCGUUAUCGUUCACAAUAUGAGUUAUCGAAUACUACCAUGCAUGUUUUCCCAUCUGCCAAUGAUACAGAUUCACAAAAUAUGUUGUAUAGUCCUAAUGAUAUUUAUGAUGAUAUUGUUUAUAAAUUUGUCACUGCUGGUUUGGGUACUCCAUUACUUACAACUUCUGAAGUAGCCAAGGAAAAUAAAAACAGUGCUGAGACUUCUACAAACGAUGUCAUUACAAUUCAUUGGAACUCACCUCUAGGUAGACAUACAGCUACCAAUUUAGAACAUUAUAAUGUUCAAAUGAUGGCUGAUGAUAUUAUAGAACAAUUCUUAUCAGGAUAUGAAGGAUCUGACUUAUAUUCUAAAAGUAUUGAUAUAAUGUUCCAAAAUAAUAAUGAAAGACAAACAGUUAAUUGGGUAUCUUAUAAUAUGAAUGAAGGUGGACCAAAAUUGGAAACUCUUUCUUUAUGGGAAUCUAUAAGAGGUAUUGGCAAAUGGGAUGGUAACAUUAAAACUUUAGCAGAAAUGUUUUAUAAAAAUAACAUUUAUGACAGCUGGAAAUGGAAUGUAGAUGUCAUAACAGAUACAGAUAUAAAUAGCAGUGGUUGGUUCGAUAGAAGAAAGAAAAGAGCAAUCACUCAUGGAGAAGUAUAUUUAAAUCAAUAUGGAGGAUUAGAAUGA